GUAUUCGUUAAGGUCUUCCACUUCAAAGGAGUGAUGAGGUUUGGGAAAAAAGGGAAGUUGAGCCCUCAACAUGUUGGUCCUAUGGAGAUUUUGGAACGUGUUGGCCUUGUGGCAUACCGUCUUGCUCUACCCCGAGAGUUUGCCAGUGUGCAUGAUGUCUUACAUGUUUUCAUGUUAAAAAGGUACCACCCUAACCCUUAUCAGAUUAUUCCAAUUCAAGAAACUCCUGUCAACUCCAACCUGACGUACACGGAGUACCCGACAGAGAUACUAGAAUGGAUCAACAAAGUGUUAUGCAAUAAGAAGAUCCCGAUUGUGAAGGUUCAGUGGUAG